AUGGAAGAUCCUUGUAUAAUUUGUUUAUAAUAUACUUUAAACUUUGUAAUAGGAAAAAGCUGUGAAUGCAGAUACUGUUAUAAUUGUGUAUUUAAUUGGUUUGAAUAAAAUCCAGAAAAACUCUUAAAAGAGAACUUUAAUUGCUUAAAUUAUUAGUGUAAUAAACCUAGUUCAAUCCAAAAUUUUCUAAAAGAAAUCAUAGAACAAAGCUUAUUGGAUAGGUACCAUGAAAUUGCAUUUAAAAAUUAUUUGUAAAGUUGUCAAGAUAUCCGAUCUUGUCCAAAUAAAGUUUGCAAAUCUUAUGGCUUUUUACCAUCUAGCAGGUGCAAAGAAUUUUUAGAAUGCGAAACUUGUAAUUAUAAAUGGUAUGACAAACAAUGCUUAUCAAUCAAUAAGAUUUUUAUUUUGUUUUUGAAGGACAUAAAGAAUGACUUUUUAUGUUUUUUCUAAGAGUUUUAUUAUGCUCACCGUUGCCCUAAUUGCGAUGUUUAAAUUAUGAAAAAUGGUGGAUGCAAUCAUAUGACUUGUAAAUCUUGUAAUCAUGAAUAUUGCUACGUUUGCAGAGAUAAAUAUAAUGGUCAUGAUUCUAAGCUGUGUAUUUUGAAAGAGAACUCUUUUAUUAUAAUGAUUGCUUACUUAAUUAUUUAAUUGCUAUUCACUUUUGGAGUUCAUACAUUUAUAAUUUAUCUUUUUACACUCUUAGUUUGGCUUGUAUGGACAGUUUUGAUUUAUAUCUAUAAUUUAAAUGGAAAAUUGAUUGUGGUUUCUACUAUAAGUACAUUAUUAGACAUGAAAUAUCAUUAUAAAUAAAAGAAAAGAGAGAAUGAAGAUGUUAAAUUAUAUCGUUAAACAAAAAAGAGAGAGUUAUGGAAACAAGUUUUAGAAAUAAUUGCUCUUUUAGUUUUAGAUUCAAUAAUAGUACUCACGUCAAUAUACGAAGAUGAUAUAACUUAAGUAGUUCCACUAGCAGUUUACAUAGUAUAACCAGUUGAGUUCCUGGUAAUGCUAUUACUAUGCUUUGGGUUUAAGUGA